AUGGCUCACAUCUCAUCACUUGCAAUGGUUUUUCUGUUAUGUGUGGCAUCUUCUUAUGCAGUCAAUACUGUGGAUGUGAAUACAAUUUGCAAGGGAGUAAAAAAUCCUUCAUUUUGUGUAACUCUUCUCGAUUCAAAACCAGGCGAAAAUCGAGAUCUCGUUAGCCUUGGACUAUACACAAUUGAUGUUACAUUAGCCAACACGACCAACACCAUCACACUUAUCAACAUGUUGAUCUCAAAAAGUGGUGGUGAUGCUCAAGCAAAACAUCAUUAUGAUAGGUGUUUGCUUCAUUUUAAUGGAAUUGCUGCUAUGCUUAAGCAAACUCCAGAUUUUAUGAAAAGGGGAGAAUACGAUACUGCGCUUCAAGAUGCAGUUGGUGUUAGAAGUCAUGUUCGUGUUUGUGUUUCAGAAGAUUCAGACCCUCAUCAUCCUUUCUAUGACUCAUCAGAGCUUCCAAUAUAUGCUAAUAGUGUAGAUCAAGUUGCUGAGGUUUUUGCUGCUAUACUAAAUCAUCUCAAUACACCUAUUUAA